AUUGAGCCUCAAGAAAUAGGAGAAAACAGCUUUUGGGUAAAAGCUGAAGAAGAUAAAUUUGAAGACCCCGAGCUGUUUGCAAAAUUGGCACUUACCUUUGGAACCCAAAUGAAAGCCAAAAAGCCUGUAGAAGAAUCAGAAGAGAAGAAAGCGGCUCAGUCAAAGAAGAAGAUCAAAGAAUUAAGAGUUUUGGAUGGAAAAUCUGCACAAAAUUUAUCAAUAUUUUUGGGUUCCUUCCGUUUGCCUUACGAAGAAAUAAAAAAUAUCAUUUUGGAGGUUGAUGAAGAGAAGCUGAGUGAAUCCUUGAUUCAGAACCUGGUGAAGAAUCUUCCUGAGCAGAAAGAACUCAAUGCCUUAGCUGAAUUAAAGGAUGAAUAUAACGAUCUCGCUGAGCCGGAGCAGUUUGGAGUUGUGAUGAGCUCCGUGAAGAUGCUGCGCUCGCGGCUCAACGGGAUCCUGUUCCGCCUCAUGUUCGAGGAGCACGUGAACAACAUCAAACCCGACAUCAUGGCYGUGACCCUGGCCUGUGAGGAGCUCAAAAAGAGUGAAAGCUUCAGCAAACUGCUGGAGCUGGUGCUGUUCCUGGGCAAUUACAUGAACUCUGGCUCCAGAAACGCACAAUCCCUCGGYUUCAACAUCAGCUUUCUCUGCAAGAUUCGAGACACAAAAUCAUCAGAUCAAAAAACCACCCUGUUGCAUUUUCUGGCAGAAAUCUGUGAGGAGAAUUACCGGGACAUCUUAAAAUUCCCAGAUGAGUUGCAGCAUGUUGAGAGUGCAAGCAAAGUUUCAGCCCAGACUCUGAAGAGCAACCUCGAUUCAAUGAACCAGCAGAUCCAACGCCUGGAGAAGGACAUUGAGAAUUUCCCUAAAACCCAGGAUGAACACGAUAAGUUUGUGGAAAAGAUGAGCAGCUUUGCUGAGAGUGCCCGAGAGCAGUAUGAGAAGCUGUCCAACAUGCACAACAACAUGACUAAACUGUACGAAAAUUUGGGAGAAUAUUUCACCUUUGACCCCAAAGCAAUAAGCAUAGAAGAAUUCUUUGGUGACCUGAGCAACUUCAGAACUCUCUUUUUGGAGGCAUUAAAAGAAAACAACAAAAGAAGAGAAUUGGAGGAGAAAACRAAGAGAGCCAAACUGGCCAAGGAGAAGGCUGAGAGGGAGAGGCUGGAGAGGCAGAAGAAGAAGCAGCAGUUGAUUGAUAUGAACAAAGAGGGUGAUGAGACAGGAGUGAUGGACAGUCUGCUGGAGGCUCUGCAGUCGGGAGCCGCCUUCCGAGACCGCAGGAAACGAACGCCACGGGCACAAGAUAACAAACGAGUAACUUUGGAAAGGUCUCGUUCUCGACACAACGGAGCAAUCGCAGCUGUAUGAUUCUUCUGAUGCCAAAGAAUUAAUGAAUUGUUUUAUUACAAUGAAAUGGAUCUGCUUUGGAAAGGGUUUAGCAUCCAAAUUGGCAAUGAUCAUAAAGGAAUGCUGGUAUUGAUUAAAUGAGAUGGUGUAAAAAUGUGUAACUUUAAAGCUGUUGCUUAAAAAAUCCACAAACUGUAUCUUAUUACCCCAACUACCAAGAUCUGUAAACAGUGUUCAGCAGUAGGGUAUAUAUCUUAUUUUCUUAUGUUUUUUCUUUUUUUUUUUUUUUUUCCCCCCUUUUUGUUUAAGCUGUCAAGUCACAUGCAAAGAGUUGGGGAUUUCCAGGUUGGGUUUUAUAUGGGUAAGAAAAUACAGUUCUGUCGAAAGAGUACAGCUGUGGAUUCCAUUUGCAGUUCUGAUUKGAACAUGAAAGGAAAAAAAAAAUAAUAAAAUGUUAUGUUAAUAAAUUCAGAGAUGAGCUGGUCUACAUUAUCAGAAUCUUUUUUGUAACCAUGAAAAAGCAACACAUAGCCCCAGUCAGGUUGCUGAAAACCUUAUCUGAGUGUAAAGCUGGUGGAYCCAGCUGUUCCAGCUGUGAGUAGGAUAUACCACAUAUCUACACUCUGCUGAUACAAUGGUGUGUAGGUACUUAUCACUGCUAAAAAGAAAAAAAAAAUUAAAAUAAAACAGAGCAUAGGAUUUUUUCCAAAAUGAUAUCAAGGGCAGAAUAUGUUUUUAACUGUAUCUAAGGAGGGAUUUUUCUAAUUGUGCACUUAUAUAUUCUUUAUAAAGAUAUUUGGGGGGGGAAAUAUGAUUGUCCUAUUUUAAUGAUGCUMAAAUACCUGUGGGUAGGUUUUUAGAGACAAGCUGCAUUGGGAAGUGAUUCAGAGCUGCCUCUGAGUUCCUCCUCUGUUUCUCAGGUAAAAAUGUAGCGGGAUCUCCACUGRUGGGUUUUAGUGCUGAGCCUUCAGCAGCCAAAAUCAAACAUUCUCCGUGGCUGCAGUGACCAAAGGCUGCAGCAGUCGGGUUUUUGGGAGGCUCCUCCUGCUCUCCUUGCACUGCAGCUCCUCAGCUGAGCAUUUGGCAGCUGCACUCUGUCCUGGCCCUGCCUGGGGUCCCUUCUGUCCCCAGAAAGUGUCCAGAACUCUGGGGCCACUGAAGGGUCACCCAAAUGGGAUGGAGGCUUUGAGGUGGCAGUUCCACUGCAGGACUUGCUGAGCUGGGAGAUUUUUUUUU